CUGUUACAGUUGUUGUUAGUGGCGUCUUUCUCUCAGGCUGAGGAGCCGGUGUGCAGGCUGAGAGGGGAUCCUGAGAGUCCUCAGCUGUCUAAGGACGGGGACAUUAUGCUGGGGGGAAUCUUCUCUUUCCACAGCAGCUGGAAGGAAAGAAGAGAUACCUACAUGCACAAACCACUGCCACUGGAAUGUAUCAGUCUGAAUUUCAGAGAGUUCCAGUUUGCCCAGGCUAUGGUUUUUGCCAUCGAGGAGAUUAACAACAGCACAGUCUUGCUGCCUGGCAUCUCUCUGGGAUAUAAAAUGUAUGAUACUUGUGGAUCCACUGCCAGAAGUGUGAGAGUUGUACUGGCCUUGGCUAAUGGAAAUGAAAUUUUAUCUGCUCCCUCUGAGGCACCAUGUACCAGACCUGCACAGGUGCAGGCCAUUAUGGGAGAAAGUUCUUCUUCUCCUAGUAUGGCUAUGUCUACUGUUAUUGGACCUUUUAAUAUCCCACUGAUCAGUCACUUUGCCACCUGUGCUUGUCUCAGUGACAAAACCAAGUACCCAUCCUUCCUCAGAACAAUAACCAGUGACUACUAUCAGAGCAGAGCUCUGGCCCAGCUGGUCAAGCAUUUUGGUUGGACUUGGGUUGGAGCUAUCAGAACCAAUGAUGAUUAUGGUAAUAAUGGGAUGGCUACAUUCAUAGAAACUGCACAGCAGCUGGGAAUCUGUCUGGAGUACUCUGUGUCUUUCUUUAGAACAGAUCCACCAGACAAAAUACAAAAAAUGAUUGAGAUUAUGAAGGCUUCCACCUCCAAGGUGAUUGUCGCUUUCCUCUCCCUCAUGGAUAUGGAUGUGCUAAUACAUGAGUUUUCCCACCACAAUUUGACUGGAUACCAGUGGGUAGGCAGUGAGGGCUGGAUCUUUGAUGCCCAAACUGCAGAACUGGAUACGCAUCAUAUUCUGGAUGGUGCCAUAGGCCUGUCCAUCCCCAAAACACAUGUCAGCGGCAUGAGAGAGUUCAUACUGGAUGUGAAGUCUCUCAAUUCAUCUAGUAAUGAAAUGUUUACUGAAUUCUGGGAGACGUUAUUUAGCUGUAAGUUCAAGCAGUCAGAGUCAUCAGCAGAGAAUCAGAGAGAAUGUACUGGACAUGAAGAUUUGACUGGAGUGCAUAACAGCUUCACUGAUAUGUCCCUCAUGCCUAUAUUUAACAAUGUUUACAAAGGAGUGUAUGCUGUGGCUCAUGCACUUCAUAGUAUUCUGGGCUGUAAUGAAACAUGUAACAACAAGGUGCAGCUAGAUCCAUUCACGAUUUUACAGCACAUAAAAAAGGUUCACUUCAAAACAAAGGAAGGAGAUGAAGUUUUCUUCAAUGAGGACGGAGACCCAGCAGCAAAGUAUGAAAUUAUAAACUGGCAGCCAAGAGAAAAUGAUGUUGUGGACUUUGUCAUGGUUGGUCUCUAUGAUGCAUCUUUACCUGCAGAAAAGCAGCUGAAUCUGCACAAUAAGACUUUAAUUUGGGCAAAGAACUCAACACAGGUGCCUGUGUCAGUCUGCAGUGAGAAAUGUCCCCCAGGAACUCGUAAGGUUCUCCAGAAAGGAAAGCCUGUCUGCUGCUAUGACUGUAUAAGAUGUGCAGAGGGAGAAAUAAGCAACAUUACAGAUUCUGUCACCUGUGUGAGAUGCCAACCUGAAUUCUGGUCAAAUGAGAGAAGAGAUGCUUGUGUAAAGAAGGAGGCAGAGUUUCUAUCAUAUGAAGAAAUUAUGGGAGCACUGCUCACUGCAGCGUCACUGUUUGGAACAUGCAUGACUGUAGCUGUUGCAUUCAUUUUUUUCAGACACAGGAAAACUCCUAUUGUCAGGGCCAACAACUCUGAGCUGAGCUUCCUGCUGCUCUUCUCCUUGACUCUGUGUUUCCUGUGCUCUCUGACCUUCAUCGGCCGGCCCUCUGAGUGGUCCUGCAUGCUGAGACACACAGCAUUCGGCAUCACCUUUGUCCUGUGUAUCUCUUGUGUUCUGGGGAAAACUAUCGUGGUGUUAAUGGCCUUCAGGGCCACACUUCCAGGCAGUAAUGUGAUGAAAUGGUUUGGACCUGCACAGCAGAGACUCAGUGUUCUGGCUUUCACUCUCAUACAGGUUGUUAUAUGUAUCAUGUGGUUAACAAUUUCUCCUCCUUUUCCAUUGAAGAAUUUUAAGGACUUCAAGGACAAAAUCAUCUUAGAGUGCGCUCUGGGCUCAGCUCUGGGCUUUUGGGCUGUACUUGGGUAUAUAGGAGUUCUGGCCAUGUUAUGUUUUGUUCUUGCUUUUCUGGCUCGGAAACUGCCUGAUAACUUUAAUGAAGCCAAAUUUAUCACCUUCAGCAUGUUGAUAUUCUGUGCAGUGUGGCUCACUUUCAUUCCAGCAUAUGUCAGCUCUCCUGGGAAGUUCAGUGUUGCUGUGGAAAUAUUUGCUAUCCUGGCCUCCAGCUUUGGACUGCUCAUUUGUAUUUUUAUUCCAAAAUGUUACAUUAUCUUAAUGAAACCAGAGAAGAAUACAAAAAAGAAUAUGAUGGGGAAGGCAGCACCAAAAUCAUUCUGA